AUGCCACAAUUGAAUCCCGCCCCAUGAUUUGCAAUCCUCGUAUUCUCAUGAUUAAUCUUCCUCACAAUUAUUCCAAAUAAAGUAAUGAAUCACACAUUCACAAAUGAAAUCACAACAUUAGACGCUGAAAACCUAAAAUCAGACACCUGAAACUGACCAUGGCACUAA